AUGCUCUAUGAUCUCCCAUCAGAAAUUAUUUACCACAUCGCGGUACACCUCCCAACCGCCAAUGCAUUGGCCCAAUUAGCCCAGACAUGCCGGCGACUGCAUAAGGUCAUCACCGCCGAAGACUCCCGCAUUUUCCGGGCAUUUGUGCAAAGCAGGUUUCCCUCUAUUGAAACACCGCCAUUCUGGAGAGAUGCAGCCCAAGCUUUGGCCUCUCGAUCCAGGGCUUUGGAUCGUAAUGCCAUCAUUGGGCGAUUUCUUGUACCUCCCGCAAUCGCCACCAAAAUUGGUUCUCACGAGGUGACUCGUCGAGACAAUCCAACACUUGGGUACAGACCUGCAAUUGAUUCCUAUGAGAUUUGGAAUGGGCAGUGCUGGGCUGAUAAGAAGGAGAUUCUGGCUUGGGGUGCUGCCAACCAGUUGGUGAUGAGAAUCAAGCAAACUGGUGCUCGUUCACAGGAGAAAUGGAUUCAGUUCAAUGAUAUUGAUCAUAUCAGCAGCUAUGAUGAUAUUUGUUCUUUGCAUCUUUUGUCGUCGGAGGAACGAUACAAGCAGGACGGUGACAUAGAGCAUUUGAUUUUUGGUCGGAUUCGAGGCGAUAUUGCCCAUCUAGCCAUAUCUCCAUCACAAGCAACAUAUGAGUACAAGCAUAAAUUUUUGACAUAUGGGCUCAGGCUUGAUAAAACGGAUCUGGGUAAUGAUACGGAUCGUACUCUGGCUGCUCAUUUCGAAAAUGGAUCCAUCGCUUUCUACCAUACCGCGAAUGAAAAGGAAGAAAUCGAGCCUUUCACCUGGCUUCGCCCGGAAGGCGUCUCACGCAACAAAUACUCCAAACUGCUAUCCUCGUCACUGGUAGCAGUUGGCACUGGAGCCGCGGAAAGUGCUCUCUCAAUAUCUAAAAUCACACCCGACGGCGUAUCCCCAUACCGAACGAUCGGGGCCGAUACUCUGGACACCGACUUCACAAGCCUCAAAUCCAAAGUCAACAUCGGCGCCAUCGAGCCUCUCAAUAAACACGUCGUAUCAGGCUCCCCCGGGGACGUAUUUUUGACUGCCUGGGAUGACUUUACCGUCAGACUCCACGACCUCCGCUCCCCAGCACCUUACGAAGUCGCCUAUAAGGACGUAUCAGAUCUCAACCCCAUCUACAGCCUACACGCAUUUGGACACAAUCAUUUCCUAGCCGGAGCUGGUGGUGAGGCAGUGAUCAAAAUAUUCGAUCUUCGCAUGUGCAAUACAUACAGCUAUCUCGAUGCGCAAGUUCCUGCUUCUCGGCGGCAGAGCACAAAUGUGGCGGAACAAAGCAAUGCCAGCAGUACACCACAUACACAGACUAGAACCAGCCCUCGAAAUGGCUUCUCCAUGUUUCUCUCGCACCAACCACCCCCUCCAUUCCCGCAACAAGCUCCAGCGCGCAAUCGCCAAAGAGGUCCAUACCGAGGCCCGAUCUACACAAUGUCCACACCUUCCCCGUCUUCGCCAACGGUCUACACAGGUUUAGUAGACGGAAUCGUUAGACUGGACUUCGCAUCAACGGAUGACCUGACCGGUCCAAGCAAAGAGUGGUACAAACAUAAUCUAGAUCUGGGAGUCAAUACGAGCCCUGUACCUUCGACAGACACGAACAGUGAGGCAUUCGAUCUCGCUGGGUAUGAACGCCCGGAUGCAGAUGACUUUUCUACUACAUCUAAACUAAGGAACCAGCGAGCAUUCUGCGCUACUGGGCCUGCAGAUGCGGAGCUCGAACUUGCUACCGGCUGGGACCGUCGGUGGGAGCAUCUUGAAGAGCCUGGGGCUUGGAGACGGCGUGAUGGGUCAACAUUUUAG